AUGGAAGUGCUUAAAUACGUUAUUAGCGAUAAUUCCUUACCGUGGAAGUUUUACUUCAUCAUAAUUUUCGCAUUGGUAGUUUUUGUGGCCGUAAAUUUGGCAGUGGGAAUUUAUAAUAAAUGGGACAGCACGCCAGUGAUUAUUGGAAUUAGUUCUACAAUGACUCCCAUUGAUAAAAUACCGUUUCCGGCAAUAACGGUUUGCAAUAUGAACCAGGCUAAAAAGUCGAAAGUAGAGCAUUUGGUGCCGGGAUCCCUUGGAUACGCCAUGCUCCAAAAGACCUGCUUUAAGGAAACUAACUACUCGCAAUAUACGGAUAUUCGGCAUAGAAAUGAAACCUUUCCAAAUUUUAUAUUAGACGUUUCUGAGAAGUGCUCAGAUCUAAUAGUGUCCUGCACAUUCCAUCAACAACAAAUUCCUUGCACUGACAUUUUCAGAGAAAUUUUUGUGGAUGAAGGUUUGUGCUGCAUAUUUAAUUUUUUGCAUCCCUAUUAUCUUUACAAAUUCAAGUCCCCCUAUAUUCGGGACUACACUUCGUCGGAUAGGUUCGCAGAUAUUGCCGUAGACUGGGAUCCAAUUUCUGGCUAUCCACAGAGAUUGCCGUCAAGUUAUUAUCCCCGUCCGGGAGUUGGAGUUGGUACUGCCAUGGGUCUGCAAAUUAUUCUCAACGGUCAUGUUAAGGAUUACUUUUGCUCUUCUACAAAUGGUCAGGGGUUUAAAGUUCUCCUGUAUAAUCCGAUUGACCAGCCGCGCAUGAAGGAGUCGGGAUUACCUGUGAUGAUUGGGCACCAAACCAGUUUUCGCAUUAUAGCUAGGAGCUUCGAAGCGCUACCUACUAUAAGGAAUAUUCACAGAACAAAGCGUCAAUGUAUUUUUAGCGACGAACAAGAACUACUCUUUUACCGCUAUUAUACGCGCCGAAACUGUGAAGCAGAGUGCGACUCCUCGUUCUUUCUGAGAGCCUGUAAUUGUAUUCCUUAUUACUUGCCUCUAGUUAAUCCAAACGCUUCAAUUUGCGAUGUGAAUCACUUUGAAUGUCUGAAUGGCGCGGAGUCACAGAAUUUCGACGUAAAGACCUCGCAGUGCAAGGAGCAUUGCCUAACCAGCUGCCACGAUUUAAUUUUCUUUCCCGAUGCUUUUACGACACCAUUGAGCCAAAAGAAGGUUAAAGCCCAGAGCAAUUAUUUCAAGAACUUGUCAAGUGAUUACAUACGAAAAAACUUGGCCGUAGUAAACUUCUUUCACACCGACAACUAUUUCAGAAGCAGCGUAAGAACAUCGUACACCGGACCAACUGAAUAUAUGGCCUUAACUGGUGGCAUAAUGAGCUUAAUGAUUGGAUUUAGUGUAAUUUUCAUUGCCGAGAUAAUAUACAUAAUAAUCUAUAUUUUAACCCUGUUGCUUCUCUUACUGUUUUGA